AUGUCAGGACCCUUGGGCAGAAUCAUCGCGCAAGUGGUGGUCAUGGGCGCGGGCAUCGUGUCGAGGGCCUUCGUGCAGGCGUACCAGCAGGCCGUCCACAACGCACGCUCGGGGAACGCCGGCGCUGCGGCUGCCAAGACGGUGGUGGGCAAAAAGAAAAUGUCUAAGCAGCAGGCGCUCGAGAUCCUCAACUUUCCCACAAGCGGUGUACCGCCGUCUGCUGAGGACGUUUUGAAGCAGUUUACACGAUAUUUUGAGGCCAACGAUCCGGCGAAGGGGGGCUCCUUCUAUCUGCAGUCCAAGAUCUAUCGGGCAAAGGAGGCGCUGGAGGCCAGCGAUGCGGACGAAAGAGCGCCGUCAGGUGACAAGGCGGACAAUAGCUAG